AAAUUUAAUUAUUUUUUACUUAUGUAAAAUGAUAGUUUAAUUCUUUGUCCUCCUGAAACAUCAAUUUUGUUCGUCCUAAAAUACCACUUUAACUUUAAUUGAUUAAGUCUAGGGAUUUAACAAAUUUUCUUCGAGCCAAAUAGAAUAGUUAAACGGUCUUAACCGCUCUCAAUAAUGAGGAUUCUGCUGUAUUCCCCCUCACCAAAGUCCAGCCGAUGCAUGCAGCUAUCAACCGCCUCCUUUCAUCCGCUGCCCUCCGUUCCUUCUCUUCCACGGCCCCUGCGGCGGCCGUAAUCUUCCAGCAAAACAUCCUCAUCACGCGGCUUAGCCGACAAGGCCGCAUCUCUGAAGCUCGCCAGCUGUUCGACGAAAUUUACCAUCCGGAUCUCAUUACCUGGACCUCCCUUAUCGCCGCCUACGCCGGUGCGGGACAGCUUCGCGAGGCCGAGCUUCUCUUUUACCGCUCAGAUGCUCUCCGUGAUGUCAUCACCUGGACGGCCCUCCUCUCAGGCUAUGCACGUGCAGGUCUUUUACGGGAUGCUGAGGAACUCUUCGCCCAGAUGCCUGAGAAGAACGUCGUAUCCUGGAACACUAUGGUCUCUGCUUACGCUGAAAAUGGAAUGGUCGAUAAGGCUCUUGACAUGUUCGAUGAAAUGCCUUUGACAAAUGUUGUUUCUUGGAACACGAUUAUAACUGCAUUGGCUCAGUGUGGCAGAAUCGAGGAAGCCUGCGAGCUCUUUUUUCAAAUGACAGAGAGAGAUGUCGUUUCAUGGACAGCAGUUUUGUCUGGUUUGUCGCAGAAUGGCAGGGUUGAUGAUGCACGGAAGGUUUUUGACCAAAUGCCUCAUAGAAACGUAGUAUCUUGGAAUGCUAUGAUAUCAGGCUACAUGCAGAAUAUGAGAAUUGACCAGGCUAUGCAUCUUUUUGAAGCUAUGCCGGAGAGGAAUAUCACUUCCUGGAACACGAUGAUCACUGGGUUUAUACAGAACAGGGAUUUAAAGUAUGCUCGUAAGCUGUUUGACGAAAUGCCUUUGAAGAACGUGGUAUCAUGGACUACAAUGAUAGCAGGGUACACACAGGAAAGGGACAAUGAAUCAGCACUGAAAACCUUUAUGGAAAUGCUAUCUGUUGGAACCAGGCCUAAUGAGGGCACAUUUGUGAGUGUUCUGACUGCCAUUAGCAGCACUGCAGCUCACAUUGAAGGCUCACAAGUCCAUCAGUUCAUAAGUAAAUCCAACUUUCAAGUCUCUCCAUUUGUGCAAUCUGCUCUCAUAAGCAUGUACUCCAAGUGUGGUGAUAUCUUAACAGCUCGAAAAGUAUUCGAUGUCUCAAACCAAAAAGACUUGGUAAAUUGGAAUGGGAUGGUAGCAGCUUAUGCAAAUCAUGGCUAUGGUGAAGAAGCCAUUAAUUUGUUUAAGGAUAUGAGCAGCAGAUGCUUGAAGCCCAAUGACAUAACUUACAUCGCACUGCUUUCAGCUUGCAGCCACUCAGGUUUAGUUGAUGAGGGACUGAUGCUCUUUGACUCUCUGGUGAAGGAUGACUCCAUUGAAAUGAGAGAUGAACACUAUGCUUGUUUAGUGGAUCUCUGUAGCCGGGCAGGUAGAUUAGAUGGGAUUGCUUGGGUUGAUAUUGAGAACCCUUCUGCUUUUGUAUGGGGUGCUCUGCUUGGCGGGUGUAACUUGCACAGGAAUGUGAGUCUUGGGAAAUUGGCAGCAAGGGAAGCAUUGAAAGCAAAUCCAUGCAAUAGUGGGGCGUAUUUGUUGUUGUCAAAUAUCUAUGCCUCCGGUGGUGGAUGGAAGGAAGCUGCAGAAAUUAGAUCAGAGAUGGAAGAUAGAGGAUUGAAGAAGCAACCGGGAUGCAGUUGGAUUGAGAUUGGCAAUAUGGUUCACGUCUUUUUAGCGCGGGAUAAGUUUCACAGCCACUUUGAUUCGAUUGAGAGGAUGCUUCAGGAACUUCAUCAUGAGAUGAAGAUGAUGAAAUAUGUAUCAUCAGUUUGUGAUUAGGGUAACAGAGAUGAGUGAAUGGCUCACAAUGCCUUCUCUUCUCCAUAUUUUUCAAUAUUAUUUAAUUAGUAUUUAAAGAUUUAAAAAACAUAUGUGAUCAAG